GGACACAGCUGCGCGUGGCGAGCAGAGCGGAAUGUGGCGGUGCGGGGGAGCGUGUGCAUGAUGGCGGAGCUGCGGUGCGCGAGUGUGCUGGCGGUGUGCGCGGUGUGCGCGGUGUGCGUGGUGCUCGCGGGAGGCCUCGUCGUGCCAGACUCGCAGCUCGAGGACGACGGCACGCCGCGGAGCGAGCGCAGCACCAACCUGUCGCACAUCACAGGCACCGCGCGCAGGAUACAGCUGUACGUGAAGAACCGCCACCUGCAGAUCCUGCCGGACGGAACAGUCAACGGCACCGCCGAGGACAGCUCGGACGGCGUCGACUACACGAUCCUGCAACGAUCCUCGGUGCAUACGGGCCAGCUCAAGAUACAGAGCGUCGCUACUUGCCUCUUUCUCUGCAUGGACAGCUGCGGGCUGCUGUAUGGCUCGAGCCUGUUCACGGCCGACUGCGUGUUCAACGAGAUGAUCGAGCAGCACCACUACAACACCUACUCCUCGGCGCGCUACUCCAACCAGCGCCGCACGCUCUACCUGGCGCUCAACAGGCGCGGCCAACCUCGCAAGGUGCAGGUGCGGCGAGGUGCGACCCUCGGCAAGCUGUCCGCCUACACGCGCGUGCUGACUCAGCCCGUGCCGGCGCCGCGCGUGCAGCAGCUGGAGGCGGCGCUGCUGCGGGGGCGGCACCCCGCGCGCCACCACCAGCCCUGCCCGCCGCCGCCCGCGCCGCCCCACGACGCGCGCGACCAGACGCGCUGCCGCCGCCGCAAGAAGCGCAAGAAGAAGAGGCGGUGGUGCCGGGCGGGCGAGGCGGCGGGCGAGCAGUGCCGCCGCCGCUGCGCCGCCUCCGCGGACCAGGAGGAGUGCGUGCGGCGGCGGCAGGAGGCGCGCGGCAGGCGCAAGAGCAAGAAGAAGGCGAGGGCCAGCAACCGGCGCCGCCGCCUCCGGAGACCCAAGCAGGCCAACAACGGCGGCGGCAAGCUGGAGCAGGCGGAGCGCGGCUCGUCGCCGCCCCCGCCGCCCCCGUGAGCGGCGAGCAUGCGCAGUAGUUUAGAGUACGCAUAUUUAUUUUGAGCUUGAAUUUUUGUCCCGCGAAACGAAGAAAUAUGAGCCCGAAACAUUAAUCACAAACCACGAAACCAUGGUGUCAAUGUGUGGUGUGUUUGUUAUAUAAACACACAUAUUAAGUCUGUACGAAUAUUUAUUUUUUUUUUUCACUGUGGAGAAAAAAAGACUGCUAUUUUGAAAUUGCGACUCGUUUUGAUUUUAAAUAAACUCUAAAAUUUUAACCGGAGUUACGAUUAAUUACAUUUUUCAACUCUUUAAGUACGGAUGUUUAUUUUUCCCGUAAUACUAAUUUUUUGUUUGGUUACAAUACAUUGCUUUCGUCCGUCAAAGAAGCUUUUUUUUUUUUUUUAUUUAACCAAGUUUCAAGCAGAUUGGGUAGUAUGGAAUGUUCUUCAUUUGUCAUGAAAUAAUUUUGCCUUUCGUUAACAAAAUGCAACCAAUAGAGUAAAACGAUUUUAAUUGGUAUUGCGUCAUAACUUUGCGGAUAUUAUCUUGCAUCUUAACAAUAUGCUCACAAUUUUGUUUUAUUUUUGUGUGUUAUUAAAUCUAAUUAUUUUUUUUUUACUUUUUUGCGAAAUAGAAUGCUACAAUUUAAAUAGUCCUUGUAUUUUCUACCCUUAGUAAAUAAAAAAUAGAUGUCCAAUAUUUUGUUUCCAAUUGGAUACUAAAUAUAUUUCUUUGUAAUUUAUAAUCUGACAUCUUUCUUCGGUUUGCAUUGGAAAAAAAUAUUCAUUUGUUAUUAAAAAAAACAUAUAUUAUGUCUCAAAACUGAAUGCAAAUUAUUCUAAAAUGAUCUGUUAGUAUAAAUUAUUAUUUCAAAUUUUUCUGUACAUAUAACUAUGAAGCACUGUAAAUUUUAUACAAAGUUGUUUUACUGUAUGUGUACGUCAAAUAUGAAUGUGAUUGUCCUGCGAACUUGUUGAGUCAUUGAGGCCUUGAGUUACAGUUAAGUUUAAACAAGACACUGAAUAUUUAAUUGAAAACAUUUUGUCUGUCGGAGUAUUGUUUCACAAUAAAAUGUUUUGCUGAAUGCCGAAAAUAAUUUUGCACGUGUUACUAAAAUUAAUGGUAUAUAAACCUUAGGAUAGAACAUUAUUCUAAAAAAUCUAUUGUUUUAUAAUAGUCACAAAAUGGAUUUUAUUAUUACACUGCCCGAAUAAGAUUUUUUAAUAUUUUUUUUUCUUGCAAUAAACGUGGAUUAUUCUUGGUGUUUAGAAAUUUAAGUCAGUCAGUAAAUAAAUUUGAUUUCGUUCUGGUAUUACCAAUUUUAUUUAUUUGGCAAAUUUUUAUUUCGUUGUGUUUUCAAGCGACACAAUAUGAAUGGUUUGUUUAGGGAAGAUAUUAAUUCAAUAAAUCUACUCACUCUUACUAAAAUUGAUCACUUUAUCGGGCAAGUCAAAUAACAUGAAGGCAGCUUUUUAUUUUAUUAAACCUAAAAUUAAAUUUCACUCACUUUGAAUUUAUUUAUUUGUGGACGUUGGUGUCAGGAGUCUUUGUAACGAGAAAUGUGUUUCAGUGCAAAAUUGUGUAUUAAGUGUCGCAAGAACACCUGCACUUCAGACAGUGGCACCUGACACAUGCAAGCAGACCGCACAUAACUCGUGAUGCAUACCAAGAACAGUACCGUGAUAUUAACCUUUCUGAACUUGCCGUCAGACUGUUCUGUCGCUUACUACAGUCAACUAUACUGAUAUCCAGACUAUAGUGUCUUUCUUCCUGAGCAAAAUAGUUCCAGGUCUCCUGAAAACACUAAUUAUAAACGCGUAUAACUGGCAUAUUGACAGUUUACGCUAUAAUUUACACAGCAAUUUAAUGCUCGAUCUUACCUGCGUUUUGAGUGAAUUUGGUAUUUUGCUCUCCCCUUAUUAGCAAGUUAAUGUGUACAUCACGCAUGCACUAUACAUCUUAUAAAGUAAUUUAAUAAGAAUAAAUGUAAGAAUUCUUAUUUUUUUGCGAUUUUAUUUAUUUUCCAAUAAAGAUUUCAAAGCAAUGGCAUGCGGUUUCAUUAUUUCGAGAACUUCAUGGUAAAGCUUAAUAGUGUAUUUGAAAAGCUGAAACAAUAAAAUAGUGUGCAUUUUAUUUUUGGAAUAUUUUUCAUUUACCGACAUUUUUACUUCUACAUAAAUAUAACAAAGAAGACUGAUGAAAGCAAAUAUUACCUAAUGACAUUACAUUAUAGCAUGAGUUCCCGUCUGUUCGCUUAGAAUUCAAAGACUGAUGUUCAAACAUUUAACGGAAAGUGUUCGACUACCCUCGCCUGCUGGAAGGCUUCUUGCCAGAAGAGACAACACGUGCUGCCACAAUGUACAUACUGACGGUUAAAUUCCCGUACUCCGGUAAACUUUAUUUCUCAUGCUGUCAAACAAAUCUUGUGUAUAAAAAAAUUUCUUAUUGGUAAUUGUGUAUCUACUGGCGAAAAAAUGUAUCAGUAUUAAGGUUAGUUUGAUUAGUAAAAUUACAAAAACCUUCCUCGCGUGUUUUUGGAAGUCUUAAAAAUUACGUUUAUGCUUAGGAUAUUUUAUCUUGUUCAGUUGGAUGUAUAUUGAUAGUAACUUUGUUAAUUUAUUCGUGAUUAUACAUGAAGUCUAGCGUGAUAAGUAUACUUCAGUCGUAUAGAUCGUUUAAAAAUACAAUAAACUUGUACUAGUCUGGUCCCAAACACUGCCUUGGCGAUAUACCAAGAGGAUUAACAUAAAUUCUCGCACUGAUAAAGUGAAUAUGUAUUCAUGUCUUAAUUUUAAAUAUAUUGUAUGAAGGUAUUGAUUUGUUUUGUAAAAUGUUUGUACAGUGUUAUCAUAAAGAUUUUGUAAGCAAUAUAUGUCUGAAUGUAUUUGCGAAUGAAGUUGUGUUAAACUUAGGCCUAGAUGGAGGAAAUCAUAGUAUUAGUGGCGAGAAGGCAGUGUUGUAAGGUCCUUCAUGGCCACCAUAGCUAGAGCCAAUGUAAUGUAUAGUUUAAGAGAUGACAUUUUUUAGUUGCAUUUAGAUACCAGUAGAAAUAUUUUUUAUGGAAAAUUUUAGUAGUAAAAGAAAAAAUGAAAAAAUAAAAUACAAAUAAAAUAUGAAGUUUACAACAAUUA